UGUGUAUAGUGUAUCCUCGUCCCGUCCCGAGCCCGAUGGCUCGAGGGACGGUCCGUAGUCGUUUUAGUAGUAAACACCAGUCGGUGUAAGACAGUGUCGGAUGGCUAUCAUCGUUCCACGCUCGUCGCUACCACUGCUCGUGGCGUGUGUACGAUUAGGAGGCGGCGGUGUGUACUACGCUCGGUCCGCGUGUGCGUUGUCCACGUCCGUUUCUUAAACGAAGACCGCUCGGGUAUUCGUGCGCGCGUACUUAUUUACACAGGUCGGGAACAUUGGUUUAACCCUCGUGUUCUAGAAGUGUUAGACCUGACAACGCGCUCCCGUUCACGCUAUAGAUGAUAUAGAUUAUAUUCUACGAGCAUAAACGGUGGUAUUGUCGGUCGCGAAAAGUGCACUCCUGUGCGUAUACAACUUCGUGACGCACCUGCUCUCCCCGUGGUCCUGGUGUCGUUCACCGAGAGGCGCCUGAUCGCAUCGCCGCAACAACUUCCUGUCUAUCUGAGUCUGGGGCAAAGCGGAGGUUGAGGUCGGAAACAGUAACGCGGUUAACAGGUGGACAAGACUUGGAGCUCGCGAGAUAUCACCACGCGUCACGCAGGAGUGGUGGGUCUAUGGGGGGCACCGCCCCAGCGGCCCCCCGGCUCCAGUCCAAACGGAAACUGCCGGAACGGUGCCAUCCUGGCAAGGUCCAAGACCGUCCCGCUUCCGGUACCACCGUCAAAACGGAUGAAGAGCCCCUCCAACAUCAUGAGGCAGUCUAGCCUCACGAAGCUCGGUUCCAUGAUCAAUACCGCCGUGAACAAGAGAGUCGGCAAUGGUGACAUACAGUGGUGUUUCUCACAGGUGAAAGGAACGUUAGAGGACGAUGUCACUGAAGCUGACAUAAUCUCAUGUGUUGAGUUCAACCACGAUGGCGAUCUUCUUGCAACAGGAGAUAAAGGUGGCCGGGUUGUUAUUUUUCAAAGAGACCCAGUUAGUAAAAACAGUAUACCUCGGAGAGGUGAAUACAAUGUAUACAGCACCUUCCAAAGUCACGAACCUGAAUUCGAUUACCUGAAAUCACUAGAAAUAGAAGAAAAAAUUAACAAAAUUAGGUGGUUGAAAAGAAAGAAUCCAGCACAUUUUCUACUUUCCACUAACGACAAAACGAUUAAACUGUGGAAGGUCAGCGAGCGUGAUAAAAGAGUAGAGGGCUAUAAUACAAAAGAAGAAAAUGGUACGAUUCGCGAUCCUUCUUGUAUCACUUCCUUAAGGGUACCGACCAUAAGGCCAAUGGAGUUGAUGGUGGAAGCAUCUCCAAGAAGAAUAUUCGCCAAUGCGCACACCUACCAUAUAAACAGUAUAAGUGUCAACAGUGAUCAGGAGACAUACCUCAGUGCUGAUGAUCUUAGAAUUAAUCUUUGGCACCUUGAGAUCACAGACCAGAGUUUUAAUAUAGUAGACAUUAAGCCAACCAAUAUGGAGGAAUUAACAGAAGUGAUAACUGCCGCGGAAUUUCACCCGGCAGAAUGCAACGUCUUGGUAUAUAGUAGUAGCAAAGGAACGAUUAGACUUUGUGACAUGAGAUCUGCUGCACUCUGCGACCAACAUAGUAAGCUCUUUGAGGAACCAGAAGAUCCGACAAAUAGAAGUUUCUUCUCUGAAAUAAUUUCGAGUAUAAGCGAUGUAAAACUUAGUAAUUCGGGAAGAUACAUGAUCAGUAGAGACUACCUCAGUGUGAAAGUGUGGGACUUGCAAAUGGAAACGAAACCCAUCGAGUGUUACCCUGUACAUGAAUACUUAAGAUCAAAGUUAUGUUCAUUGUAUGAGAAUGAUUGUAUCUUUGACAAAUUCGAGUGUUGCUGGAGUGGUAAUGAUUCCGCUAUUAUGACUGGUUCAUAUAAUAAUUUCUUCAGAGUAUUUGAUCGCACGACUAAGCGUGAUCUCACGUUGGAAGCAGCGCGUGACAUUGCCAAACCAAGAACACUCCUAAAACCACGUAAAGUUUGUACCGGUGGUAAACGCAAGAAAGAUGAAAUUAGCGUUGACUGUUUGGAUUUCAAUAAAAAGAUAUUACAUACAGCUUGGCAUCCAUCUGAAAAUGUGGUGGCUGUUGCUGCCACGAAUAAUCUCUUCCUAUUUCAAGAUAAACUCUAGCACAUCUGUAUGCAGUUUGUCUACUAUAUUUUUCAGAUCAUUCAACGAUACAUAUUGACGUGAGCAAGGCACGUUCAACUGAAGGAGUACCAGUGGAACAAGGGGUGUCCGAACUACACUGACGAAAGUCGACUAUUAAACGCGUCGAUGGUUGACUGACCGAAACGUGGUGUACGUAGCGCCGUCCACACAGCUCACAUAUUCAUACACACUAUGUAUACACAGAACAUACAGAAUUGCACGUAACACCUUGUCGCGCGAAUAUGUGUAUAUAAAUGCAUGCAAGCAAGAAACAUACGCAUAGCUCUCCAGACUAACGAGGUCCGCUAGUUAAAAUGAAAUGCACACCGAAUCAUUGCCAAUAAAAAGAUAUGUGUACAGUCGAACCAAGCGACAGACUCGUGUUGGCGGUUAUUAUGUAACUAUUUUAAUAAAAGAUAAGUAGAUUCAGUUUGCCUGUACCAUAGAAAUUUUGAUACCGUAUAACAAGUGACUUUUUACAUGUCGAAUAAUGCAUCAAUGUGAACAAAGUAACUCGUAGCAUUAAGGUCAUUGGACGUCUGCUUAAUAAAUUAUUUAUGAAAUGAAAUGCCUAAGAAGUGCAACAUUGAAAGUAGCAAUUAUGUUCGUCAGUUAAGAUCAGUUUAUGAUUUGUGUAAUUUUAUUCGGAGCUCAGCAUUUUUCGUACGCCUUUCCCGGGUUUCAUUAAUCUAUUCAUAUUUUUAAGUAGGCCUACAUGAUCAUGGUUUUAUUACAUUUUUUUUUAAGCAUUCGCCGAUACGAGUCAGAAUACGGAGACAUACAACAAAUCUUACAUUCUAUUAAAGACAUUGAAAAAAUUAUAUCGAUGCAUCGCGUAUUUCGAACAACAUGGGUGCAAAGCACCAUCCGUCGAUUACAGAUUUCUAAUAAUAAAAAAAAUGAGCUGGGUCGAGAAAAGUACAUGGAAAUUUUGGUAACAAUAAGUGGAAUACAGAUGAAAUGAAGGGGAGAGAUUUUCUAAUAUUUCUUAUCGAUAACUUAUUAACACUUAUACACUUACACAUAUAAGCAGCGAAAAAAGUGCAUUUGACGAUGGUAAGCUGGGCUUGCAGAGUUUAUGUAAAUUAAACGCGUGCUGAAUAUAACGUAUAAUAUAUAUUAGCGGAAUAUAACUUCAACAUUCGCGAGAUCAAUAGGAACAAAAUUUCGAACGCAACAACAAUACGAUUAAUACGUACGCGCGGUUUAUCAUUUUACGAUCAGAGUGCAUAAAACGGAAAGUUUUUUUUUAAUCAAUGAAAAAUAAUAGCGAAAAUUGUCUUACAGUGGACAUAUUGUCUUAAAUCGGUGACUUAAAUUGUACAUGAUCGAGAAUUAAAAUUGUAAUAAUUUUCACGUGUACAAAUAUGAAUUCACAAGAUAUAGGCAGGCAAACGACAUGAGGUUUCCUGACGAGACGAAAGCAAUCAUAUAGUUUUAUACAUAUGAAAAAAGAAGUAUAUGAUCGCUGUAACGAAACGAUUGUAGAUUUACUCGAUCACGUAAAUCUUCCUUCAUUUCAAAGUUGACUCCCCGAAAGAUCUGCUGUAUGGCCAAAAAUAGACCCAAGUAACAUAAAGAAGAAGAAAACUGCUAUUUUAAAUUAUCUAUAUCGAAUGGUUUCAAUUAAUUACAUUCUUAUUCAAACUCUAUAUAAUAUUUAAGUAUUAAGUUUUAGGUAUCUGGAAUAAUUGAUUAUAGGUAUUUUAUGCGUUGGAUUUCAAAGUCCGAUUUCAUUUUUAAAAAGGAUAUAAAACGAAGAACAAACGGUAUUAUUACGUUUCCUGCGGGAGCUUUCAUACAUUUUGUUCGUAUAGAAACGAAGCUUUUCAUAUACUACCGCUUAAGAAAUUUAACCGCGUUAUUUCUAUACUUAUGCAAAAAGCAAUAACGACAUAAAGAAACCGGCUUCUAUAAUUUACCGCAGCGUAACGCAUGAAACGUAAUAAUUGUGUACCAAGCCAGGUUUUAUUACUCAUUAUCUUUGUAACGCAACAUUCAGAUAAUUGUGUACUCACGGAUAAAGGAGGUGAAAAGACGCACGAAUAAACUAAAAGAAAUUACUAAUCGA